CCGGCUUCAGGCCUUCUUCACCCUCUGACCCUCUCUCCCUCUCGCUCUGAUCCAACUGAGCCGCCGCGCGUAGCUUCCCGAAGCCACGUCCUCGAGCUGCUACGCGCCGCGCGAUCCAACAACGCCCCGUGCGCGCGCGUCGUCGUACGUGGGUGAUCCGCGGCCGGCCGAGAUCGGCUGCGAGCCUGGAGGCAGCCACUUCGCGGCUAGACGACGAGCGCUCCCGUCUAAAACUAAUCCCAGCCCCGGAUCCUUUGUUAAUCCUCCCCUCUCUCUUUUGCAUCGAGAGAUCAUAUCCAUUUCCGCCUAUAAUUUAGCCUCUUGCCAGCGUUUGAACCUCCCCCUGUUUUCCCUCCAAAAGCUCCGCGCGCGCACGCACACGUGCAGCCGCAGAAGCUUCCAGCCGCCAUGUGCGAGGGGCUCGUCGGCCAGCUGCUGCCGCCGUGCCUGUGCAAUGCCAAGGGCGGGGGGGAUGGCCGUCGGGUUGGUGCGGUCGUCGUCUCUCCGGACGUCGCUGUCGUCGUUGUGAACGACGCGGCGACCGUGGCAACCUGGAAGGAGCCGCCGCCGGUCCUGGCCGACAGGCCGUCGUUGACCAGGGGCGGCGCGGCGAGCGAGGCCGCGUCGAUCCUGCGGCUGUCAUUGCCGAUGAUCAUGACGGGCCUCAUACUCUACGUCCGGCCGAUGAUAUCGAUGCUCUUCCUCGGCCGGCUCGGCGAGCUCGCCCUCGCCGGCGGAUCCCUCGCCAUCGGCUUCGCCAACAUCACGGGCUACUCGGUCCUCUCCGGCCUCGCCACGGGGAUGGAGCCGGUGUGCGGGCAGGCCGUGGGCGCCAGGAACCUCCCCCUCGUCGGCGCCACCAUGCAGCGGAUGGUGCUUCUCCUCCUCGCGGUGUCCGUGCCCGUCGCCUUCCUCUGGGCGCACAUGGAACCGCUGCUCCUGCUCUGCGGCCAGGACGCGGCGAUCGCCGCCGCGGCGCAGCGCUACAUUCUGCUCUGCCUCCCGGACCUCCUCUUCCAGUCGUUCCUCCACCCUCUCCGCAUCUACCUCCGGACCCAGUCCAUCAACUUCCCGCUCACCGCCUGCGCCGUGCUCGCCGUCGCCAUGCACCUCCCCGUCAACUACAUCCUCGUCUCGGUCCUCGGUUUCGGCGUCGAAGGCGUCGCCCUCGCCUCCGCCCUGGCCAACCUCAACCUCGUCCUCCUCCUCCUCGCCUACAUCUACUUCUCCGGCGUCCACCGCGCCACCGGCGGCUUUACUCUUUCCGAGAAGCUGUUCAAGGACGUUACCGGGUGGAUGCGGCUGGCCCGGCUCGCCGUCGAGAGCUGCGCCAGUGUCUGCCUCGAGUGGUGGUGGUACGAGAUCAUGAUUCUCCUCUGCGGCCUCCUGGCCAACCCUAAGGCCACCGUGGCGUCCAUGGGGGUGCUCAUCCAGACCACGUCCCUGCUCUACAUCUUCCCGUCGUCGCUCAGCUUCGGCGUGUCGACGCGCGUCAGCAACGAGCUCGGCGCGAACCGGCCGGGCGCCGCGCGCGCCGCGGCCCGCGCGGGGCUCGCGCUGAGCGCGCUCCAGGGCCUCGCCUCCUUCCUGUUCGCCGUGUCCGUGCGCGGCGUGUGGGCGCGCAUGUUCACGUCGGACGCGUCCAUCCUGGCGCUCACGGCGUCGGUUCUGCCCAUCCUCGGGCUGUGCGAGCUCGGCAACUGCCCGCAGACCACCGGCUGCGGGGUGCUCCGCGGGAGCGCGCGCCCCAAGGACGGCGCGCGCAUCAACCUCGGCGCGUUCUACGGCGUCGGCACGCCCGUGGCCGUGGCGCUGGCGUUCUGGGCGGGGCAGGGCUUCAGGGGCCUCUGGCUCGGCCUCCUCGCCGCGCAGGCCGCCUGCGUCGCCGUGAUGCUUGUGGUCAUCUCCCGCACGGACUGGGCCAAGCAGGCCGAGCUCGCGCAGGUGCUCGCCGGAGUCGCCGCGCCCCUCGGCGGCGACGGCGGCGGCGAGCGCGCCGAUGUGAACGGAGACGACGGUGGGAAAGACACGGCGCCGCGUGUCAAGGUUGCGGCGCCCCAUGGCGACGAGGACUCCAGCUUGCUCAUCACUGUGCAGGUCUGACCGGCACUAGGCCUCGACAGCGACGGCCGUCUACGUAUGAAUCACGGUAACUAGCUGGUAGGCAUGGUAUAUAGUAGGUGUGAAGUGAAACAAGAUUUUUUGCAGUCCAAACAUUUUUUUGUGGUGAGUUCGUAUGGGUUGGUGGUGUCUGCUUGAGGAAAAGUACGUGUACCACGUUAUUGCGGAAAAACACCUGAGACUUUGAGGUGAAAAAAGCUAGGUGUUUUCUGUAAUUACGUGGCUAUACUAGGUCUUUAAGUGACCGCUGGUAAUAUCUAGGUGGCCUGGAUGCCAACAUAUUUUUGUACCUUUUUUUUUGUUUUUCCCGUUGUAUGAUGGAUGCUUGUACACAGUAUACAGAGAGGAUGCAACCAAUUUUUUGCUUCA